CACAGAGAUUUACACACAUGGCUUUGAUUUCGGAUAGACGGCCCGAAUGUUCCUGUGACCGUGACUCCCAUGAGGCCCAUAGUGUCCUACGACGACAUCGCGUCAACUCCUGAGCCAGCCACCUCCCCCCCGCCCGCAAAGAAACGCAAGACGAACCAUAAUAGAAAGCAACGAAACCGAAAUCGCGGCCGCCGGGAAGAAGAGAGCAGGGAGCUCACACACGAUGAGAUCUGGGACGACUCGGCGCUGAUUGAGGCUUGGGCGGCUGCGAACGAGGAGUAUGCUGCUCACCACGGCGAAAAUGACAAGAGCUGGAAAGACGAGCCCACAGAGUCGCCACUUUGGUGUAAUGUUCCACCUGACGAUGGGAAUGACCUAGAGCCCACCCCCGAAGACUCCAAACCGCUCAACUUUGAUACGUUUGUUCCUUCGCAUGACUCGUCGUUGUCUGGGUUUGUGUCCCAGGAUGAGGCGCUUGAGAGGGCGAUGAGUGCGAUGUAUUGGGCUGGGUACUGGACGGCGGUGUAUCAUCAUCGUAGUCGGGCUGUCCAGGAGGAAGAGGAGGAGGUCAAAGAUGAGGGGGAGGCUGAGGAAGAUGUGGUCGAGGUCGAGGAAGAUUUGGUUAGCACACAACGGUGAGAUGACAUGGUGUGCAGCCUUGUCUCGUUGCAGAGCCGAUAUUGAAGAUCAUAAACGGAUGGGAAGAUUGUUAAUAACUCCCUCAUUAUGCAACGGUAAAUCAUCUGUACAGUACAAUACACACUUCGAAUGCAUCUUCAAUCCUCCUCGAUUUCCAGGCG